AUGGACGAAUUACUCGCUCCAAUUCAGGAUGCCUUGGAAGGCCAGAUCGACUUCCACGGCCAGCGCCUCGCUGAGAUCCUUUCGACGGUGCUCUUGAUUCUCUCCGCGGCCGUCAGCUUCGUCGUCGGAUACAUCUUCAAGGACAUCCACCUCACGCUAUGGAUCGGCCUCGCCGGCACGCUUGCCACAGCUGUAGUUGUGGUCCCUCCCUGGCCCUUUUACAAUCAGAAUCCCGAGAAGUGGCUAGCUCGCACAGAUGGAAGGGCUGGGGGGCCAAAUGUCGUGGUGGACGGGGUGAAGGUGGCUUGA